GGAGGGAGAGAUAGCGGAGAGAGAGAGACGGGGGAAAAGAGCCAUCGUUAAGAAACUGUUUCUCAGGCCUUUGGUCAAGUGUGUGAGCGGUAUCUCGCCUUGAGCUGCUCGGUGAGGUGGUGAGUAGUGGUCAGUUUGAAACUGAGAGGCCGACAGGAUAAAGAAAAAAAAAACCGUACUACUGCUGUCAACUCCUGCUUAAUGGCGGUCACCCAAGCUGUGCUCCCUUCCUUCAGCUCCUUUUCAAACCUCACUGAUAUGAAAGUGUGGAAUUCCGAUGGCGGCUCGCCUCGUCUGGGCCCUGAGCAACUGCAACUCUCCCAGCAGAUGACUGACGGGCUCAUAGAUGACGACAGUCAGGCAUGCUGGGAUAUUGAGUUGUUCCUGUCCGAGUGGUGCAGCACAUCGCCUGAACUCAGUCCCUCCCUGGACCACAAUGUUGAGAUGUUGCAACAACAGCUGGACCCGGACAUAGUGUACCAGGCUGGAGGCAUGCUUAAAGACCGAGCGGAUCAGGAUCAGACGGAUGGGUGUCCGAUGGCUGAGUUCAUACUUCCGACGGCCCAACAGGAAGUGUACCACCAAUAUUACAAUAACGCCCCGGUAGGGCGGACGAAUGUAGACCCGUUUGGUUUCUCCCAGGAGAGACCCAUCCCACCGUGGGAGCAGAACCCGUAUUACCCCCCUCAGCAUCCUCCUUUGGUGCCUUUCCAUGAUGUCCGAUUGGUACCGAUCCAAGCUGCAACCUCUGACCCUCGACACUACAGCUACCCGCUUCACUUCAACCACAACGCCAGCCUUUUCUGUGACUACACCCGCAGCCAGCCUCAUCAAGAAAGGGUCGGACCGCAGCCGCCCCCCGGUGGGGCGCAGGUGAAGCGCGGGCGACGGUCGACGGGGAAAAAGACGGCAGCCAUCCACGGCUGUGACUACCCCGGAUGCAGAAAGACCUACACGAAGAGCUCCCACCUCAAGGCUCACCUGCGCACACACACAGGGGAGAAACCUUACCAGUGUUCAUGGGAAGGCUGCAGCUGGAAGUUUGCCCGUUCUGAUGAGUUGACCCGUCACUACCGCAAGCACACGGGGCAAAAACCCUACGAAUGUGUGCUUUGUCAGAGGGCCUUCUCACGCUCCGACCACUUGGCGCUGCACAUGAAGAGACACACUUAACGCUCAAAAUGGUGCUAUUCAAUCAUAUCACCAAUGACAGAAAAAUAGAGCAAAUGUACGUAAUGGAACAAGAAAAAGCUGAUAUAUUGAUACUGAUAACAACACACACUUUUUUAUUAGGUGCAUGUAUGAUGUUUUUAACCUUUUUUUUAAAAAUUGCAUGCACAUGCAUCAAGGCCAAAAUGAAUGGAAAAAGGUGGAUACACAGUUUAAUUAUGUGUACCUUCUGCCAUCUAACGAAAUAGCAUGUAAUUGUUCUGCCGGGCAUAGUUAAAUGAGCAAACAUCAAUUUGCAAAAUAAAGCAAAAUUUAAAAUACAGCAAAAAAAAUAAUGUAACAAUAAAAAGCUGAUAUGUUGAUACUAAUAACUAAUAAUAACAUACCAUUUUUUACCUCUUAAGGCCCAAGCUGUUUGUUUACAUGCUUUUUUUAUUUCUCUUUGCUAUUUGGGCUUAUUGGACCCUAAUUAGAAUAAAAACGAAAAAUCAUCUUUUGAUAUGAUGUACUUAGUCCAUAAGUACACAAACAUGUACUUCAUGUGUAGUGACAUGCUAAUUUUUAUUUUUACACUUUUUUUUUCCAAAUUCCAUUGUAUGUUUUACUCUUCUGACACCACCAGAUAGCAGUAUAAGUGUCCAUAUGUCGGCAUAUGACCCCAAUUCAGUAGUGUACACAAUUUUGGAAAUAAGAGCUAAAAGGUGCUGUCCACGCAUGUGGCCACUAAGCCUUUAGAGGUUAAAUUAGGUAUGUGUAUAAUGUUUUCUAGCCUUUUUGAAAAAUGACAUGCACAUGCGUAAUGGCUAAAAAUGUAUGAAUGGAAACAAGUGGAUGCACAGGUUAAUUAUUUAUACUAGGGCUGUGAAUCUUUGGGUGUCCCACGAUUCGAUUCAAUAUCGAUUCUUGGGGUCACGAUUCAAUUCAAAAUCGAUUUUUUUUUUCAAUUCAACACGAUUCUCGAUUCAAAAACGAUUUUUUUCCCGAUUCAAAAGGAUUCUCUAUUCAUUCAAUACAUAGGAUUUCAGCAGGAUCUACCCCAGUCUGCUGACAUGCAAGCAGAGUAGUAGAUUUUUAAAAAAAGCUUUUAUAAUUGUAAAGGACAAUGUUUUAUCAACUGAUUGCAAUAAUGUAAAUUUGUUUUAACUAUUAAAUGAACCAAAAAUAUGACUUAUUUUAUCUUUGUGAAAAUAUUGGACACAGUGUGUUGUCAAGCUUAUGAGAUGCGAUGCAAGUGUAAGCCACUGUGACACUAUUGUUCUUUUUUAUUUUUUUUUAUAAAUGUCUAAUGAUAAUGUCAAUGAGGGAUUUUUAAUCACUGCUAUGUUGAAAUUGAAACUAAUAUUGAUACUGUUGUUGAUAAUAUUCAUUUUUGUUUCACUACUUUUGGUUUGUUCUGUGUCGUGUUUGUGUCUCCUCUCAAUUGCUCUGUUUAUUGCAGUUCUGAGUGUUGCUGGGUCGGGUUUGGUUUUGGGAUUGGAUUGCAUUGUUAUGGUAUUGCUGUGUAUUGUUUUGUUGGAUUGAUUGUCUAAAAGCAUGUUGUUCCAACGUUAUGUUUGAGUUGCUCAACGUCAGGACUUAAUUCAACAGGUUCUCAACGUUGUGCCUGCUAGGAACACACAUAUUUUAAAUUUUUCUACAUAUAUAAUUUUGUUUGCCUUUUUGUAAAAAUUCAUGCACAUGUGUCAUGGCCAAGUAUGCAAAUUAGACAAUGGCGUCAUCCAAACACCCUAAAGACCUUCCCCUCAAACCAGCGCCACAAAUAGAUGUAGUCCCAAGGCUAAACUAAGCCGUACACUGGAAAAAAUGCCCCUCAUAAAAGAGUUAAAACAAUGUUUGUACAAGUUAUUUUUGCUUUUAAUAAGAAAACGAAUCUGCCAAUGGAACAAGUUAAAAUUGUCUUGGUAAGAUUUCUUGAAAUAUUUUAUUUAAGCUUUAAAAAUGUCAAAGUGAUCAUGAAAUUUGCAAUUUAAACUUAUUACUAGCUAUACUUACUAGUAUUGUGAAGUUUUGUGUCUGAUAACAAAUUGUGGUGCUCAAAAAGUAGUAUUGUGUGCCUAAAAACAAAUUGUUAUGUCUCCCUGAAAAAUUGUGACUUGUAUUAUGUUAGUUUGGAUAAUUUGACUAGAAAUGAGAAAUAUAUAUUUUUGGUCAGAUUCAAAGUUUUUCCAGUGUAAAUACUUUUCAGAUCAUUAAGUGAAAUUGAGUAAUCUGCCACGGCCCAUUGGUUGGGCCUCUAGAUCAGGGGUCCCCAAACUAUUUGACUCUGGGGCCGCAUUGGGUUAAAACAAGUUGGCCGGGGGCCGGGCUG